AGUUGAGCAUUGUAUUUUUGAUAACUUUAUUUUAAAAUUUAUCUUGUUUCUCCAACUAAGUUCUUAAACAUAAAAAAAAUGCUUAGAACAGCUAGUUCACUGCAUUCCAAUAAACUUCCAGCACUCGGUGCCUUCCGUUGGCUGAGCACCUUCACCGAACGGGAUGGAGUCGGUCACAUCCUGCUGGACAAUGAAAAAACCCGUAACUCGUUGUCGAUUGACAUGAUGGACAGUAUCCAGCAGCACAUCAUUACCAAUCAACACAAUCAGACCGUGCGUUGUUUUGUACUCUCCGCCAAGGGGCAUGUUUUCUCGGCUGGCCAUAAUUUGAAGGAGCUAACCGUUGAGAGGGGAUCCGACUUCCAUAAACAAGUGUUUGCUAAGUGUUCUGAACUGAUUGGUGUUAUUUUGGGGGCUCCAGUGCCGGUGAUCGCCAGAGUUGAUGGCUUGGCAGCGGCUGCCGGGUGUCAGCUUGUCGCGUCUUGCGAUAUGGUCGUCUGUAGUGAUAAGAGUUGUUUUUCUACUCCUGGAGCGAACUUUGGGAUUUUCUGCUCUACCCCGGGAAUUGCCGUGGCUAGAGCUGUUCCACGUAUGAAGGCAUCCUAUAUGCUUUUUACCGGGCUUCCUAUCAGUGCUCAGGAAGCUCUGGAAUCUGGGCUUGUUAGUAAAGUUGUUCCAUCCGAUCAGUUGGAUCAGGAAAUUGACACCAUUUGCAAUGCAAUAAAGUCGAAAAGUCGAGCUGUCAUUGCAUUGGGGAAGCAAUUCUUCUACGAACAAAUAGCAAUGGACGUGAACAAUGCCUACAGGAAGGGAGAACAAGUCAUGACUGACAAUCUGUCGACGGUGGAUGGCCAGGAAGGCAUUCGCAGCUUUGUGGAAAAGCGUAAGCCAGUGUGGAAGCACCAGUGAGUAAAACGGUGAGAAUUUGUGCAUUUAUUUUUGAAAAUUGUUACUGCAUUUUAUACGUUUACAUGAUGUUUGGAAAUAUUAGUAACCCAUUUAUUCAUCCGAAGUCCCUGAUACAUUUGGACUGUAGUUUUUCGGCAUUCAAAUUGAAACCACUUGUACCAUAAUAUCGAUUUGGACGUACACACAAUGUAUUUUCUCGACCCUCUUAUGACAACUUAAAAUAUUUCUUUACACUUUAAACGUACGAACUACGGACUAGAUUCUAGAUAUUCUCUUACUGUGGAGAUGUACAAUGUUCAAUUAGUGAAAUACGGUUUUAUAAAAGAUGCCACCAUUCAGCAGGAAUAGAUACAAUUCCUUCCCAAAACAAGUUUGAUUCUUUCGCGCGACUUAUCCUAAACUAAAACAGCACAAAUAUUAGCGUAGCGUUAAACCUUAGCAUUAUGACCAUAUUCGCUGUGUGACUACAUCACGGCAUCAUGUUUG